AUGGCAGAAACUACGCUAAUUUAUCCUUCUUUCAUUCAGAACAAAAAAAGAACGCGUACUGCUACAUCAUUGAUGCCCUCUAAAAAAGCGAAAGAUUCGGAUUGUCCCAGAGACGUCCUGAAAAAUUCCUACAUUAUUGAAAUGUUCAAUAAUUCUUUAAUAGAUAACUUACUGAUUCUAUUCAAGAAAACCUUCCAGUCUUCUCGAAAUUAUGAGAUAGAAGCUUUGUACUUAAGGUUUUAUAUCGAACAACAAACACAAUAUAUUCCCGAACACCUUUUUUUUCACAGACUGGAAAACGAUAGUCAGUAUACAACCUUCUUAG